CCUUACGCUGGCUAUGUUUCCGAAGUCAAUCGGGCGAGGGGUCCGCAGCGCAGUGACUCUAUGGAGCAGCGCCUGGCUGAUCGGUUGUCGGAGAACCGCUCAGGACGCCGAUCGACAGGGCCUUCUCCUCCAGCGCCUGUCAUGCGACCUCAUGUUAUACAUCAAAGGGACGCUGCUACAGAUAUAGGUAUAGGCAUGGCGAUGGGUGCGAUGGGUAGGGGUGCUAUGCCGCCACCAUCGGCUUAUGCCCCAAUGCCAGCGAUGCCUCCUCCAGGAAUGAUGAGGCCGAAUCCCUUUGGAGGGGAUGCGUACUACGACAAUGCGUAUACAACAGCACCAAAGUCUGUACACGAUCCGUACUACUAUGGAGGCAUGGACGCUGCCGAGCCUGAGCUCCCCGAUCCCCGCCGCAGGUCACGGCGUAGUGGUGAAGAGCGUGAGAGACCCAAGUCAUCAACUCUGGCAGGAUUGACUGGAUAUGGACGGGGCGCUCACCGUGUGUCCGAGUGGAGGAACUUUGUUGUGCCGGGCUUUCCUAAUGAGGCAGAGUGAUUCAUGCUGCCGUGUCAAGGCUUUGGAUAUGUAAAAAUGAAAUUGAUCUCUCACUGUAGGCUGAUAU